UAGCUUGCUGCUGGUGUCGAGCCUAGCUAGGGGAGAGAAACCGUGGGAGAAUGUAGAAAACGUCUGACAAAAAAAGAAGUAAAGUUAAGGAUUGAUAAACAUCUGGCAACGUGGAAGAAAGAAACUGAAAAGGUAUCACCAGCAACUUGGCAACAUCUCUUCUCUCCCCUGGCUCUCCAGUGUGUAAGGACACCCAGUGUAUCAUAUCAUAAAGUCACCCAGUGCCUCUCUACCUGACUGAUCAUUAUUCUCCCUGCAUCUUCACCAGUGCUACGACUAACACCAGCAGGACCGAAGCAACAGAACUCAGAUACACCGCAGCUACCAAAGUUACCUGUUAAUAUUGUAAUCAGUUUGGUGCCCCCCAAAAAAUCUCCAACGUAAUCUUCUGAUAAACCUCAAAACUCGUCAUCCUUCAUCAGCAUUUCUCUCAUCAGGUCAGUUCAGACUAGAAAGGUGUAAAACACGACUUAGCACCAUUAUGGCCUCCAUCACCCAGUCAUCUGAGCCCGAGAUCCCAGACAACCACAAAGAGAGCUGGCUGGUGCUACUUUCUGCUGCGGAGGCUUACUGCCAGAAGUCGGGCUGCGACCUGGCUCUACUCACAGCGUGUAAGAAGUUCCGGUCGUCGACUGGUGGCGGAGACGGGAUGAGGAAGCGGGACAGCGGCAGUGCCUUUCCGAAGGAUUGUGACUUCUCCUAUAACGUGUGGGGACAAGGCUUCCUGGCUGAGUCGGCACGCCGCUACAUGGACGACAUUGGCGUUCUUCACUCCACCACCAUGCUAACAGCCCAAAAGCACACACGCCAGGCGGGCGGAGAGUGCGGGACCAAGCUGGUGGUCGACCUGACCUCUGACCCUGGACACAGGGGGAGCUUUACAGGAGACGGCGGCGUGGGCGGAAUCAGCCCCAACAACAGACUGUACUCCCAGAGCUACCCGUCCAUCUACAGUUCCGGAGCGGUGAUCGGGCAGGGCGGCGGGCAGAACGGCAACGGGGAUCGGGAGCGGGAGAAGAGCGCGCUGGAGGCGGAGCGGGGGAGGCAGAGGUCCGGCAUCGAGGACCUGGAAGAAGAGUGCGAGGACGAGGAAGAGGAGGAGGACAUGGACGAGAGGAGACCCUACGGGAAUGAGAGCGCAGGUGUGUUCUCCAUGGACGAGGACUCUCUGUCUCGGGACUGCGAGCCAUUCUUUGAGUCCGACGGCGAGGAGGAGAGUACGGAUGGCUCUCUGAGUGAGGACGCUCCGCCGCCAACUCGCGGCAUGGCGAUGGGUCAGGCUUCCUACUCGUCCCGCCACGCCCACCCCAUGGCUCUGGCCCGCUCCCUGCCCGUAUCGGUGCCCGUGUGGGGCUGCAGAGGAGGCCGAGCUCAGGGAGACAGCAACAGUGGAGAGCGGGUGGGCUGUGCUGACCUGGAGCACAUCGCUGCCAGUAUGAAGGCCCUGCUGGCCCCAGGAGCCAACGACGGGACGGAAAUGUUUGGGGCCCUGCCUCGGCCCCGUCUCAACACAGGGGACUUCUCCCUCAAGCACUGAGAGAGAGGGAGAGAGAGAGUAGAGAGAGAGAAAGGGAUAGAUAGAGAUAGAGGGAGAGCUGGAGGUAGUGAGAGCAGGAGAGGAGACCUGGCUUGGCUGAUGUAAAGCAGCGUACUUCCAUUUAUUUCUCACUAACAAAAAUUAACGGCACAUGCUUUGAGAAAAAAGAAAUGUUGUUAUGAACACUAAUAACAUUCUCAACACUAUAUUCCCCCCUCCACCCUGACACAUCCAACACUACAUUAGGAUCGGACCUCAGGACGAGUGUGUAGUGCCCCGCUGCGCUGAUCAACAAGGACACUAAAACAGGCUGUAAGGAGCCUGACUAACACGGCUAAAUGUUCAUUGUGUGCUGGUAAAGGUGUGGGAAAGGUUACCUUUUGGUUAAAAUGACCUGUGAAGUGAUGGGAAUGUGGGGAGCAGCCGUCUGGACCCGACUGAUCACUGUCACUAGUUCAGCAUGUUUUAUUCUCAUGUGGAGUAGCUCUAAAACUAAUUGCUUUGUUGCCUGAAAGGGAUAAUUCCAGAUAUUUUAAGUGUAUCAGGUACUUAUCUGUAGAAGGUGGUUGACUCACUUUGGAGAAACAGACAGGAAUACCGGCACAGAAGCUAAACAAUGUCCUGCUGUAGAUAGGGCAGCAGCUACAUGUACAGUCAAGGGAAAAGCUAUUAGACCACCCUUGUUUUUUUCAGUUUAUUGUUCAUUUUAAUGCCUGGUACAACUAAAUGUACAUUUUUGGACGAAUAUAAUGAUAACAACAAAAAUAUCUCAUA